UCCAGCCCCAGGCUGGCCACUUCCGAAGCCCCCGACGGCAUGGAGGAGUGGGACGUGCCCCAGAUGAAGAAGGAGGUUGAGAGCCUCAAGUACCAGCUGGCCUUCAAAAGGGAGAUGUCAUCCAAGAGCAUCCCUGAGCUCCUCAAGUGGAUCGAGGAUGGGAUCCCCAAAGACCCCUUCCUGAACCCUGACCUCAUGAAGAACAACCCGUGGGUGGAGAAAGGCAAGUGUGCCAUCCUGUGA